UCAUAACGUUGAUUUUUGCCAGUAGUUGGCUGGCGCGGGCAGGAGCAGCCCGAAAGAGCGGCUGUGUGCCUUCCCUCGCCUCCCAUUGGCCGACGCCGCUGAUCGCUAUUAGCCCAAGCACCGGCAAUACGCUGAACCAAUCGGCCUCUUCCCCAAGACAAGCCAGCGCUCAGCCAUACACCAGCUGUUUUUAUCCGCCGAACUGUAAAAACGCUCAGGUAACGACGGAACAGUUUUUUAGUGUGGUGCCUCGCCCGCCGCAAGACGUGUGUAGCGUGCUGACGGGGGUCUACUCGGCGCCCCUCACGUGACCCGCCGCCACCACCACCACCACCACCACCUGGCCCGUCGGUCUGCCCGCGGACAACCCUUGAGGGGCACUCCACCUCGGGCCGGACAGACCCUCCAGCCUCGGUACACCAGUGACACGGGAUAAUUGCGGCUCUCGAGUGGCAGGCGAGAGGCAGAGCGUGGCGGCCAUGCAUGUGCAGUGAAUAAGGCAUGGACGGGCAGUGUCUCGCGCCGGUUGGUCAGUUGGUAAAUAAUAGAUAAUUGUGAUCUGUGAUUGAGGUGGUGUAGCGCCAAGUGAUUACCGCCGCCCAAGGCCUCCACACCCACGCGUCAUGGCGAACGUCACCUACACCGGCGCCUCCUCCACCUCCCCCUUGGUGGUGUCGUCCAGCGGUGGCAGCGCCGUAGGGAGCCCUUGUGAGCCCCGGGAACCGCCCCCCCUCCCUGGAGGGAUGGGCGUGGGCGGGUACGACCUGAUGACAUACCAACGCCUCGCCAGCGCCCUCUACGCCCACCCGCCCCACGCCACACUCGACCCAGCCACGCCCACCUCCAUCCCGCCCACCACGCCCACCACUCUCCUGGCGGCCCACGACCCUCUCCUGCAUGGCGGCGGGCUGGAGCUGAAGGAGGGGCUGGGCGGCCUGGGGGGCGGCCCAUGGCCCUACCCCAUGUACUACCCUUACGACACCCUGGCGGCCUACCCCUUCUCCCACGGGUAUGGAAUGGCUUUCGACGCCGCCCGGAGGAAGAACGCGACGAGGGAGACGACGGCGACCCUGAAGGCGUGGCUGAACGAGCACAAGAAGAACCCGUACCCGACCAAGGGCGAGAAGAUCAUGCUGGCCAUCAUCACCAAGAUGACGCUCACACAGGUGUCCACGUGGUUCGCCAACGCUCGCCGGCGCCUGAAAAAGGAGAACAAGAUGACGUGGGAGCCGAGGAACAAAACAGACGAUGACGACGACGACGACGACGACAAGGACGACGAUCAUAACGAUGGUGAGAAGACAAAAGAUGUGGACGUGGGCGGAGAGGGCCGCGGGGUGGAUGACGGCGGCAGUGAAGGGUCGCCGCUCAGGCCGCCCUCGCCCUCCAGCACCACGGGGGGCGGAGAAGGGGCGUCCCUCCCGCCGCAGGCUCCGGCGUCCCCCGUCAAGCCGCGCAUCUGGUCUUUAGCGGACAUGGCCUCCUCAUCGUCAUCGCCUACUUCACCGUCUUCUACCCUGGCGGGCGCGGUGGGCAAGAUGAGCGUCCACCGACCGUUACACCUGGAGGCCUCGCCCUAUGCCCGCCCUCUGCCCAUGGCCCCGCGCCUCCCCACCCCGCAGGAGGCGCUGCUUCAGGUGUACGCCAAGUCCCUGGGCCUCGCACCCCACCACGCCCACUCCUUCCCCGGCCUGCCGUCCGGCCUAAAUGGACUCGGGUCACACUUGUCUCCCCCUGGCCUGGAGGCCCCACUUCCGGCGACGCUGGCAGUGCCGCCCUACAGCUCGGCCAGCCUGCAGCCACCCAUCGUCAGCAGGCCGGUGGCAACGCGCCCCAUCCCCCCUGUGUCGCCGUCGUCCCUGCCCUCCGUGCACCACACACUUCCCGGUGGCGCCAAGAUCACUCCGGCACCGCCGCCCACCCACCGGCCCGAAGGUUAACCUCUCCUGUAGCUUUGUGAUCCCGCCUCCCCUCACCUGGUGGUAACCUGUAGCUCCACUAAUUACCGGUGACCAGAUGUUGUUGGUCAAGCUUUAAGUGUGUCAAGAUUAUAAACCUACGGAGAAAAUAAUCAUCCCUGGCAUGCUGUCGCCGCGACGCCGAUAUCUAAGGAUGGACACGUUUUAGUGAAGUGGUGUGAAAACGAGAGCGGCAGCUGUGGCGAUGCGUGGCGGAUAAAACAAACCGAGGGGAAGAAAGUGAUGCACCCCGCGAACACCUGGACGUUGCAGCCUCCACCUGGCAAGGACACAAACGUACGGUUUUUCCUAGACACUAAUUAAUAAGCUAGUGAAGUAACAAAUAUCGUAGCAUAUCAUUUUUAGUGAAGAUUUAAGUGAAAGAUAAAACACUUCGACGCUAUGAGGUGGUGUGCACGGGAAGAGCGCCCGGCAGCCAGGUGUGGAGCCAGCCGAGAGAAAGAUGAGUAGCAGGAAAAGGAGGAGGAGGUAUAAGUAAAUAGAAUUUUUUACAGAAAAAAAUAAUGAGGGAUGUAAGUGCCCCUCGGUAAACCUAGUGCUCUGAUGUCUCCUUCCUUUUGGCGCCGGACGAAUGAACGAGAGAACCAAGUAGUGAACGAGCUGUCUUAUCACCAUCAAAAGAGUUCACAGAUAAGACUCUUGGCAUGGUGGACGCGAGUGUGGUGACGGGAAAGCAGUGAAGUGACUGACACACGAGGCGGCGGCAGUGAUGGUGGUGGAGGGAGUGCAUAGUGGUGACAGGACGCCCCGCACCCAUCACCCCCUCACCCCGCCACCUUCCGCCGCACCCCACCACACACACAAGCAUCCGCGUCGGCCCUCCUCGUCCCAGCCACACCCGCCAAAUGAACUUCCUUCGGGCGCCCGUGGCUUCGUGUAGUGUGUAGUCGUCUAUACUUUUGUCUGCCAAAGUCAUGACAGUGUGCCCUGCGUCUGUCUGUUCGUGUUGCGCCCGCCCGCCCACCCGGUGACCGUGGCCCAGGGAAAUGUUGUUCUGUUCUCCCCAUUUGUACCGUGUGUAUAGAGUCACCUGCCUGCCUGCAUGAUGUCCCCCAGCCAGCCAACAUCAUCAUCAUCAUGCACCAUUUAGCAAAGCAUCAUUUUAUUUAUUGUUGCUGAAGUUUUCGAAAGCAAUGCGUUCAUAAGCUCGCCUGUGUUCGAAUCUACGAAAAAAAAGUGAAUUGAAAUUUUGUUUUUUAUAUAAGUUUGAUUUUUUUAUAGUCAUAAAUAAGAUUGGGAUAAACUGAUGCAGUUCGUGUGAUGAUUAAUAAAAUAUCACACUUUUUUAGUUACAAAUUUUAACCCCUAAUGGCCAUCAAAACUAAUCUGCAUAACGACUGAAAAAGAAAAAGUUCUUGCACAAAAAAACAGAAGGCGUUAGUAUACACCAACACCUGAGUUACGCUUACAUACACAAAGUUUAACUUAAAUACAACACAAAAUAAGACAUUUUACAACAAAGACGAUAACAUCAAUAAAAUAGCAUUUACCGUUGAGAUGGAGAAGAAAACAAAGUUAUGCCUUCACCUUCCACCAUCGCCGUCAUCACUACAACAAUAACAACAGCAACAACAGCGACAACAACAACAUCAACAAGCCGGGCGAGACGGACUUAGGCAGUGAGUGACGCCCGGCAGCAGCGGCGGCGGCGGCGGAGGCCACGCGUCGCCCCGCCCCGCGUCACGCUGCGGCCGCCGCGUAACCCAACACGUGCCGCAGCCUGGACAUAAUCGAGUCUUUAAUUAAAGUGGUCCCGACAUAAACGGGUUCCGAGUGACCCUAUCUCCGGGUCGCGUUACGGCAGCGGUACAGCGGAGGACCAAGAACCGACCAAUGGAGCGAACAGACGACCCGCCGACCCCUGACCCAAGCAGCUAUCACCUGAGCGUCGCGCGGCACACCGGCCCCGAGGUCACACUGACUGACCAGCGUAUACACCUGCCUGCCUGCAUGAAGCUGAGGACGUUUGUUCACCUGUUGUCAAAGAUACGCUAUUUGAAAGAGUCUAUUAUUAUUAUUAUUAUUAUUAUUAUUAUUAUUAUUAUUAUUAUUAUUAUUAUUAUUAUUAUUAUUAUUGUUAUCAUUAUUAUACAUUCUUUUACUUUUAUACAUAGAAAUGGGUAAUUAUAUAUAUUUAUCAAUUAGUCUGCGUAAUUUCAUAAAUAUUAGUACAAUUAUAAUUUUCUGCACCUGCACAGGCUUUUCCGAUCAUUGUGUAUAAAGUCUCUCUCUCUCUCUCUCUCUCUCUCUCUCUCUCUCUCUCUCUCUCUCUCUCUCUCUCUCUCUCUCUCUCUCUCUCUCUCUCUCACACACACACACACACACACACACACACACACACACACACACACACACUUUAUGAUCCCUCAACAAUCCGCGAAACUAGAUUUUAUUCCCUAAAUUGUCGGUCACUUCACACAAAAUGAAUUCUCUCCGUUGUAAAAUGAACCAUAAAUCCGAAUUCAUUAAGAGAGAGAGAGAGAGAGAGAGAGAGAGAGAGAGAGAGAGAGAGAGAGAGAGAGAGAGAGAGAGAGACGAUACUUAUUACACACACACACACACACACACACACACACACACACACACACACACACACCUAUAUAUAACCAAACAGCUACCACUACACUCCCUGCAUCCACACUCACUCCACCACACUCACUAGCAGAGGACUCCCUUUCCUCCACUUCCCUAUCCACCUCCCUCCCUCCCUUCCUCCCUCCCUCCCAUCCACCCACCGCUGAAUUUGCUGUCCGAUUUCAUACGAUUUGUAGAAUUUUAUUGAUGGUGAAUCCGACAUAAUCACGGGGACACGUCAUUACCAGCGGAAUUAACGUAAAAUGUGCACGCCGACAUUAGCGCCGCUGAUUACAGUGUGUGGGGGGGGGGAUGGAGGAUGGGGGGGGGGAAAGACAGAGAGAGAGAGAGAGAGAGAGAGA